AUGAUAAACAACUGGGAUGGCAAAGUAUGCAAAUGUGCAAUGUCGUUCAGUCUCACGAGCGAUUACUUCGAUAAGCGCGCGGCGACAGCUUCGGGCAUUGUCGUCGCCGGUGCCGGGGUCGGCGGCCUCGUCCUGCCGCUCAUCGCUAACGCACUCGUCGCUGAGUACACUUACACGGGCGCCAGCCUCAUCAAUGGCGCCAUCGUGCUGCACACGGCCGCAUGUGCUGCCCUCCUGCGGCCGCUGCCGACCCGCGCUGCAACACGAACCGACGCUGGCGUGACCUUCACGCGCUUCGAGACGGCGCCAAGCGCAUACGAUCUCACCGCGGUAGCAGACGCCGUCGCUAAGCAACAGCCGCGCCACGCGUUCAGGUGGUCGGCGCUCGCCGACGCGCGUUUCUGGGUGUUCACUCUCUGUAUGUGUCUGCUCAACUUCGGUUUGUUCAACAUCGCCGUCUACCUGCCGAUCAAGAGCAUCGAGAUUGGAGGCGAGGACGCGAACACAGCCCUUGCUGUCAGCGUGUCCAGCGCCACUGACACGCUGGCGCGCCUCCUUCUCUGCGCUGUACUGUGGGACAGCAAGCACUUCCGCGGAAUCUACACCCGCCAGAUGGG